CACAUCUAAAUAACCCCUUCCACAGAGAUACCCGAUGGAUUCAUUUUGGACAGAGGCGCGGAAUCAGAUAAAUCAAGUGUCACGUCGAAUGGAUCAAAAGGAUCACGCCGAAGAGUAUCAGUAAGUGACGAUGAUUGGGAUGCAGAUGAAGAAAAUAAGACAGAAGAAGAAAAGCAAGAAGCUAAAAGACGUCAUGAAGAAUUUCUUCGAAAGAGAGCUAUGCAUUAUAAUAUGGGAGCUGCUUUAAGAAAGAACAAGGACACGGAUGAUGAAGAAGGAGAGCCUAUGGAGGAAUAAAUAAAAAGGUGUUUAUGCUUGUCAUGAACGGAGAUUAAAACGAGCCCUUUCCCUUUUUUUUUUGUCCAGCCACUACCUUUUUUUUGUUUUUUUGUGGAUAUGCAACAACCUAUUCAACAAACAGGUCGACUUGACUUUUUGUCUAAUGCCAGUCAGCUCAUGUUUAAUGUCUGUCCUUCAUUGUCACGAUUUUACAUGAGUGAAUUUCAACAAGCUCUAAUCGAGUAUGAAUUAAAACCAACCAAACAGAUGGAGAGAUCAGCCUGUCAAAGCUGUGGUGAGAUUGCUAUACCUGGACUAAAUACAGCAGUCAGAGUAAUUCAAAAGAAUAGAAAAGAAAGAAAGAAGAAGCAGCUGAGAGCCAAGAAUCUGAUAGAAACAACUUGUCUGACUUGUUCCCGUGUUAAACUAUAUCACGGUUCAUUUAAAAACAAGCUACAUCAAAAAAAAGAAGAAAUCGGCAUAGUAAAGCAAGAACCUGAGGUUAAAAAGAAAAAGAACAAGGGCAAAAAUAACAAUCUGAAGGCACUGCUGGCUAAACAACAACAAAAAGAAAAGAAACCAAAUAAUAAUAAUAGUAGCUUGUUGGGAGAUUUUUUAUCUUGUUUAUAAAAUAUACAUCUGUGCAUAUACACACACACAGAAGAGAGAGAAC